AUGUCGCAGAGAACGUACCAACCCUUGCACACAGACAAUCCCUCACUGACUCGUAAAUCAACACCUGGAGAAAAGGAUGACAGGAAAGCCCAAUCUCCGACUGCUGGCAUAAUUUGCUUUCUUCUAACUCCUUACCCACUCAGGUCUCAAAAUGAAUUCCAAGAAAUCCCUUCUUGCGACACCGUAACGCAGGAAGAGUUUGUUGCAUGUUUGGAACGGAUUAAAGACGUGAUCAAAGAUAAUCUGGCAAACGAAGAACUUCAAGUUAUAAAUGACCCCGCCGAGAUUGUUCUCGACAGGCUUGCUGUCUCGCUUGACUGGAUGCUGAUCACCGCUGUAAUAUUUAUGAUAAUGAGCAUGUCGUACUUGCGGUCACCCGCUUUCGCAGCGCUUGGGGAUGCAAAAACACAUGAACUUUAUCAGAAACUGGUUGAAAUCACGAACGAUAAGGCAAUGAACGAUAUUUUUCUCCGCCUAUUGGCACAAACGCCUAAAACGCCUCUCUACACGUUCUCUCGUGGGCUCGUACGGACCAGCGUCCUAUCAAGCUGUCUCUUCGCAUUCCUCGCAAUACUGGGUAAACUCUUCAUUGGUCGCAACGGGCUCUACCUUGACAUAUCAUCUCGUCGCAAGUCUCCGAGGCAAUUUUUCUUUAGGCCGUCACCAUUCGUAUCGAGGUGGCUCAUGCUGGCUCUCAAACCAUUACCAAACAUAUUUAUGUUGAACCAACUUCUUCUUGGCACAGCAUUCGUCAUUGCGCAUUAUCUCGCUGUAUAG